ACACCGCCGAUUUCAGUCUCUGUCGAAUCGAGGCCCGAUUCUCACCGGCUUUUCCGCCAUUUCAUUUUGAUCGCGCGUGAUGACAUCAAAAGACAUAAUGGACUCGGACUGCAUGACGCUGACGAGAUUCGUGUUGGCGGAACAGCGCAAGGUGCCGACGGCGACCGGCGAUCUCACGCAGCUGUUGAACAGCAUACAGACUGCCGUGAAGGCCGUCAGCUCGGCCGUGAGGAAGGCCGGUAUCGCUAACAUGUACGGUAUCGCCGGUAAUAUCAACGUUCAGGGCGAGGAAGUCAAGAAGCUGGACGUUCUAAGCAACGAGCUCUUCAUCAACAUGCUGACAUCCUCCUUCACCACGUGUGUGCUCGUGAGCGAGGAGAACCAGCAUGCCAUCGAGGUAGAGACGGAGAAGCGCGGCAAGUACAUCGUUUGCUUCGAUCCUCUCGACGGCUCGUCCAACAUCGAUUGCCUCGUCUCGGUGGGCUCGAUCUUCGGAAUUUACAAGAAACCCGAACAAUCCGGGACUACCGCCGUCGUCCUGCAACCGGGACGAAGUUUGAUCGCGGCGGGAUACGCUCUCUACGGAUCGGCGACCAUGAUAGUGCUCUCGAUCGGUCGCGGAGUUAAUGGAUUCACGUACGAUCCGGCCAUCGGAGAAUUUAUAUUGACCGAGAAGAACAUGCGUAUGCCCGAUAGAGGGAAUAUAUAUAGCAUUAAUGAAGGUAACGAGAGCACAUGGGACUCGUCUAUUAAAGAAUAUAUACGAUCGAAAAAAUAUCCCACAACCGGAAAACCCUAUAGCGCAAGAUACGUGGGUUCCAUGGUCGCCGAUGUACACCGAACGGUUAAAUACGGCGGUAUCUUCCUAUAUCCCGCGAGCAAGAGCAAUCCCAAUGGCAAGCUGCGACUUUUGUACGAGUGUGUACCCAUGGCUUUUAUAAUCAAGGAAGCAGGUGGUCUGGCAACAAACGGCAAGAUUGAUAUUCUGGAUAUCGUUCCGGACGACAUUCAUCAGAGAUCACCAAUUUUCUUAGGUUCCAAGGAGGAUGUCAACGACGUAAUGGCGUAUAUAAAAAGCAAAGACGACUGAUGAAAACGGAUCUCGACGAAUCGAAUCUUAUGCGAAUGUUUAAACAAACGAUUUUUGUAUUUUUUUAUACCUUGAAUUGUUUUGUUUUACAAUAAAUUUAUUUUUUUUUUCAAAUUC